AUGUCUCAAAGACAGCCUCAGUCACCUAAUGAGACUUUAAUUCCAAUCACAAAUGACACAGAAUCAUCAAGCUCUCUCGUUCCCAAUGAUACCACAAAUAAAGGACGGACCGGAGACAACUCUCCAGGAAUAGAAGCUUUGUGUGCCAUCUACAUCACUUAUGCUGUGAUCAUUUCAGUGGGCAUCCUUGGAAAUGCUAUUCUCAUCAAAGUCUUUUUCAAGACCAAAUCCAUGCAAACCGUUCCAAAUAUUUUCAUCACCAGCCUGGCUUUCGGAGAUCUGCUACUUCUGCUAACUUGUGUGCCCGUGGAUGCAACCCACUACCUUUCAGAAGGAUGGCUGUUCGGGAGAAUUGGCUGUAAGGUGCUUUCUUUUAUCCGGCUCACUUCUGUUGGUGUAUCGGUGUUCACGUUAACAAUUCUCAGCGCUGACAGGUACAAGGCAGUUGUAAAGCCACUGGAGCGGCAGCCCUCCAAUGCCAUCCUGAAGACCUGUGUUAAAGCUGGCUGCGUCUGGAUUGUGUCUAUGAUCAUUGCUCUGCCCGAGGCUAUAUUUUCCAAUGUAUAUACUCUUGAAGAUCCCAAAAAUAUGACCCUUGAAGCGUGUACCUCAUAUCCCGUUUCUGAGAAGCUCAUGCAAGAGAUACAUUCUCUGCUGUGUUUCUUGGUGUUCUAUAUUAUCCCACUCUCCAUUAUCUCUGUCUAUUAUUCUCUGAUUGCUAGGACUCUUUACAAAAGCACCUUGAACAUCCCUACUGAGGAACAAAGCCAUGCCCGCAAGCAGAUCGAAUCCCGGAAGAGAAUUGCCAAAACCGUCUUGGUGCUUGUGGCUCUGUUUGCUCUCUGCUGGUUGCCGAAUCACCUCUUGUAUCUCUACCACUCCUUCACCUAUCAGACCUACGUGGACCCCUCCGCCAUUCAUUUUAUUGUCACCAUUUUCUCUCGGGUUCUGGCUUUCAGCAAUUCUUGCGUAAACCCCUUUGCUCUUUACUGGCUGAGCAAAACCUUCCAGCAGCAUUUUAAAGCUCAAUUACUCUGCUGCAAGGCAGAGCUGCCCGACCCUCCUCCCGCGGAUAUCCCCCUUAACAACCUGGCUGUGAUGGGAAGGGUCCCAGGCGCUGGAAGCUCGCAGGUGUCUGAAAUUAGUGUGACCUUGUUCACUGGGUGCAGUGCGAAGAGGGAAGAUGACAGAGUCUAG